AUUAAUUCAUCAGGAAUUGGCAUAACAAAAUGAAACUUUAGGCAAUAUAACCCCCAAAGACAUGCGAUACAUACGUAAUAAUAUUAAUCAUUUCAGAUUAAAAUUAGUGCCAAAGUUACCUAAAUCAAUAAGUGAAAUUAAUAUAUUUUUAAAUAGUGUGAAAAUUACCAGCGCAAAAGGCGAAGCAUUUCUCCUAAUUAAUGAUAUUGAGACUAACAUUGUAGUGUUCUCUUGUGCAUCAAAUAUUGAAUUUAUGUGCAAACAAGACGUAUUGUUUGUUGACGGUACAUUGGACUACUGCACAAAUUUUUUUUGCAACUUUUUACCAUCCAUGCAUACGAAAAUGAAAUGUAUGUUCCUGUUGCCUUCUGCUUGUUAAGAGACAAAAGUAAAACAAUUUACACGAGACUGUGGCAACUUAUAA